AUGAUAACAAAUUCUCAGCAGCCUUUAAAGCUCAUUUGAGUGUAUGGGUUGGCGUUUGAGGUGAGGUAAGGAGAGGCAGUGCAGGACAGCGAGAGAGGCAGAAGGGACUUGACAUUAGCAAGAGAUAUUCUACCAAGAUGGCGGAGAGCACAGAUCUGAAGCAGCUGAUGAACUCCUUUAAGAAGUUCGCGAUCCACGGAGACACCAAGGCCACAGGGAAGGAGAUGAACGGGAAGAACUGGGCUAAACUGUGUAAGGACUGCAAGAUCACCGACGCCAAGAAUGUCACCGGCACUGACGUGGAUAUCGUCUUCACGAAAGUCAAAGCGAAGACGUCCCGGGUGAUCACCUACGAGGAAUUCCAGAGAGCCCUGGAGGAGCUGGCCCCUAAGAGGUUCAAAGGUCAGAGCAAAGAGGAGGCCCUAACGUCUGUCUACAAGCUGAUAGAGGGCAAGGAGCCCACCAACGUAGGAGUCACGAAAAUGGCGAAGACAGCCGCAGUGGACAGACUGACGGACACCACCAAGUACACAGGCUCCCACAAAGAGCGCUUCGACGAGAGCGGGAAGGGGAGGGGUAAGGGCGGGCGGGAGGAACUGGUGGAGGAAACGGGAUACGUCGGCUCCUACAAGAACGCCGGAACCUACGAGGAGAAAACCAAGGCUAAGUAGACCACCGGGCCAGGCGGUGUGGUCAACAGGCCCAGUAGACCACCGGGCCAGGCGGGGUGGUCAACAGGCCCAGUAGACCACCGGGCCAGGCGGUGUGGUCCACAGGUCCAGUAGACCACCGGACCAGGCGGUGUGGUCAACAGGACCAGUAGACCACCGGGCCAGGCGGGGUGGUCAACAGGCCCAGUAGACCACCGGGCCAGGCGGGGUGGUCAACAGGCCCAGUAGACCACCGGGCCAGGCGGGGUGGUCAACAGGUCCAGUAGACCACCGGGCCAGGCGGUGUGGUCAACAGGCCCAGUAGACCACCGGGCCAGACGGUGUGGUCAACAGGCCCAGUAGACCACCGGGCCAGGCGGUGUGGUCAACAGGCCCAGUAGACCACCGGGCCAGGCGGUGUGGUCAACAGGCCCAGUAGACCACCGGGCCAGACGGUGUGGUCAACAGGCCCAGUAGACCACCGGGCCAGGCGGUGUGGUCAACAGGCCCAGUACACCACCGGGCCAGGCAGUGUGGUCAACAGGUCUAGUAGACCACCGGGCCAGGCGGUGUGGUCAACAGGCCCAGUAGACCACCGGGCCAGGCAGUGUGGUCAACAGGUCUAGUAGACCACCGGGCCAGGCGGUGUGGUCAACAGGCCCAGUAGACCACCGGGCCAGGCGGGGUGGUCAACAGGCCCACAACAUGAGAUGUAUCCCAAAUUACAUCCUACUCUAUAUAGUCCACUACUUUGACCAGAGCGCUAUGGGUCCUGGUCUAAAGUAGUGCACUAUAUAGGGAAUAGGGUUCUAUAGGGCUCUGGUCUAAAGUACUGCACUAUAUAGGGAAUAGGGUUCUAUAGGGCUCUGGUCUAAAUUAGUGCACUAUAGAGGGAAUAGGGUUCUAUAGGGCUCUGGUCUAAAGUAGUGCACUAUAGAGGGAAUAGAGUACCAUUGGAGACGCUUCCAGGGUCACUAUCCCCCCCCCCCCCUCUACAGUCGGGACCAAACCCUGAACCCAGAACUCGGACCCCUAACCACAGGCUUAACCCCCAGGCCCUUUCGACAGAGGCUGACCUCUCUUAUCUUUGAUAUGUUCUGAGGGGGUGUGUGUGUGUUGUCAUUGGGGAUGAUGAGAGAGAGAACAUGCUUUUUACUCUUAUUAUAGCUAUGAAGGUUGUGAGGUGAUCUCCUUCAACAGAGAUAUGACCGAUAGACAGGUCGUGAGGUGAUCUCCUUAAACAGAGAUAUGACCGAUAGACAGGUCGUGAGGUGAUCUCCUUAAACAGAGAUAUGACCGAUAGACAGGUCGUGAGGUGAUCUCCUUCAACAGAGAUAUGACCGAUAGACAGGUCGUGAGGUGAUCACCUUAAACAGAGAUAUGACCGAUAGACAGGUCGUGAGGUGAUCUCCUUAAACAGAGAUAUGACCGAUAGAUAGGUCGUCGAGGUCAUCUC